CAACCAAACAGCUGUUAACGUCCUUUCCGUCGCAAUUUCUCUGCUCUUCUGCUAUUACCAUUGUUCAUUCCGCACGUCCGUUCCCAUCAUGUCUACCGCAGCAGAACUCUCCGCUCUCAAAAUCCCAGACCUGAAGGCUAAAUGCAAAGAACUGGGCCUCGCUGUCGGGGGAACGAAACCUGUCCUCGUUGCUCGUAUAUGCGCCAAACUGGGCAUUGAACCGUCUCCUCCAACUGAGGACGGUGGCGAAAAGAAGCCUACGAAGAAGAAGAAUGAUAAAGUGGGAGGAGAGGAUGGAGGCGUAAAGAAGAAGGCGAAGAAGGGGCAUGAGGGCCCGACUAUCUUGACGACUGGCUCAGAGGGAGUGGUGGUGCCAGAAACUCCGCUACAUGGAGCUGUUGUCGCUUUUCCUAUGGCAUUUACACCUGAUGUAGUGGUCGACAGAAGUCCAGCAUCCGUGUCUACGGAAGUGCCCACAGAGUCUCCUACAUCCCUAUCUCCGGCGCAUACACUCCCGACAAUUGCUUCACUCGACACCCUCGCAACCUCUACCAACGCCGAACCUUUCCCUCCUGUCAUCUCGCCUGUCAUCACCGGUACCCCAGAGCGCACUCCAGCCGCCGCCCCAACAUCAAAGAAACGCAAAGCUCCUCCAGCGGAUCCGAACGCUCCAAAGAAACCCCUGAAGAAGAAGAAUGACUUAAUCACUACAGCUACAGCUACAGUGCGAACAGUUGGAGACUGUGUGAUGGCACCACCGUCUUCCACUCCGCAAGGAAUCUCCGCUACUACAUCGGGGUCUGUGGUUGGACCGGUGACAACGAAGAAGGCAGCGAAGCUUAGGAAGAAGAAGGAUGUCUUGGCGCCUACCUUAUCACCAGUUUCGGCCAUCGUCGGAAGUUUGCCUGCUACACCUGCAGCUGGGAAGUCUUUCCCUGCUGCUAGUCAACCAGCCCUGCCAAACACAAAGCCAACCUCCACGUCAAUGUUCGAUGUUCCCGUCCAAACAUCGCCAAACCCACCUCCGAAAGCUGAUUUCGUGCCAGCUACAGCUACUACCACCGCCGUCCCUCGUCCUUGUCUGUCCAACGUUACGCAAAUCGAGGCGUCCGAUGUGAGGAAGAAGCCAGUUCGGAAGGACCCUGUUGCGAAGGUUCCUGUGACGGUCAAGCUCGGUGGGAAGCCGUCGUUUAAGCCGUUGGUGGCGAAGGUGCUUCCGAAGGCGUCGGAAGAGGGUGGGGUUUUGGCACCGGUGGGUGGUGCGAGGUUGAACGAGGAGGCGCCUGCGCCAGUUGUUGCUCUCGCAAAGGCUGUGAGUUCGAGGAGGGUCGUUGUUGGGGAAAAGGUUAAGCGUGCCAAAAUCCAGUUAGCCAUCAACUUCAAGCCACAACCGGCGUCCCCUUCCGCGCCAGAGCCCAGUGUCAUCGAGGACGCUCUCCCAACCCUCAUCUACACUACCCUCGACUCCGCAAUCCCUCCUCCAUCCCUGAACCCCUACAAACCCCCCUCCCUCCGCACCCGCAAAUUCGUAACCAAACUCUCCACCAUCCUCGCCCUCGCAGCAUACCACGGCACCGAUAAACCCUGGGAAAUCCUCAUCUCCGUCACGUGCGCCAGUAAGGACUGGGCACAUGCCGCGGCGAAUGCAUGGGGGAAGGUAUGUGAAAUGGAGUUUGGUGGGGAUCGACUUGAGGGGUAUUUCGGGCGUUGUGGCGAGGAGAGUAGGGGUAUGUAUAUGAGGGGGUAUUAUGCGCAUCGCGCACGGGAGAUAUGGGAGAAGGUGACGGUUGUGAAGGCGGGGUGGGUUGAGAGGUUGUUUGAGGCGCUUGGUGCGAGGCCGGGAAGGUAUGGAGUUCGAUUUCGUGGUGUGUGUUUGAGACUCCUGGAUGAAGAGGAAGGGAUCCCGAGAGCGUGGGAUGUCGCGAUGAGAUUCUGGAUUGCGCGGUUUGCCCUCAAAGCUGGGAGUGCGGGUUGUGGCAAGUGGACUUCUCCCGCUGCGUUUCUGCGUGAUGUGGAGGAGACGAGGGUUGAGAGUUGUGUUAGUGUUGGUAGUGGGAGUGAGGAGAUUUGGAGGGUUGAGGUGGGGAGUGGAGAGGUGUAUUUUGUGUUGGGGGAGACUGGGGAAGCGGUUGGGUGGGCUCCUCCCGAGACGCCCGAGACUGAAGACAAGGGGCAGAAGAAGGGGGGUACGGCUCGGAAGAAGACUUUGAGGAGGAGUAGUACGGCGUUGUCGGCUAGGAGGAAGCGGAGGACGUCCACUGCUGGUGGUUGUGGUGGUGGUGGGGAACAGUUGUCGUGGAAGGAAUUGAGGGGUGAUUGGAAGGGACGGAUCGCUGAUUUGUUGGGAUACGGUGUCACAGGUGGUGGAGAGGGGAAGACGUUGAUGGAUCGAAUCUUCUAUUACGGAGACUCUGUCACCUAUCCUCGUGGGAUCCAUACCUCCGUCAAGACCGGUGAGGGGGAAGGAAGCCUGCUGUGGAAACGAAGACAGCUGGCAGAGCGGUUUAUCCUUGGACAUGUCAUCCCCAACUCCAUUUCCGGCUCCGCGAUCUUUCCCGUCUCGCUGCCCACAAAAUCCUCAACCCCCGUUUUUAAAAUCGCGCUCGACCUCGAAUUGAAAUAUGGUGUCGAAUCAGUCCGCGUAGGUUCUGCCGGUGAGUCCGCAUUCUACAAUCAACGCAUGUCGCCGAACGUUGGGUUUGUGCGGUGCUGUGGGGAUGGGUGGUUCGUGCUUGCCGAAACUGGGCAGGAGAUUGGGAAUGAGGAGGAGGGGAUUGUAGAGUUUUGGCAGAUGUGUUUGGGAGUUGAUGGGUGGGGGGCAAGUGUUGGGGAGGGAGAAAGGCGGAGGAGAGCAGGUGCGGGUUGGUUUCUGGGUGAGAGAGGGCAGUGAACAAUGACUGCGAACGGAAGGAGUGAUACAGGACGGGUCUCACAGAACUUAAAAUGCCAC